AUGGGGAGGAGAAAGAUUAAGAUAGAGCAAGUGCAAGACACAAACACAAAGCAAGUAACCUUCUCGAAACGUAGGGUGGGUUUGUUCAAGAAAGCGAGUGAGCUUGCGACUUUGUGCAACGCCGAGGUUGGUAUUGUUGUCUUUUCUCCUGGAAACAAACCUUAUACCUUCGGGAAACCGAAUUUUGAUCUGAUUGCAGAACGGUUCAAGAAUGAAUUCGAAGAAUCAAAUAGCUUUGAAACAUCGGGCUAUAGUAGUAGAGGCAGCAGAGCUAGGCAAGAUAAGAAGAUAUGUAAACGCCUCGACUCUAUCAACGAAGAAGCUGAAGCUGAGAAGAAACAUGGGGAAGAUCUUCACAAGUGGCUAGAAUCUGCUGAAGAAGAAAGGUUUAAUAAGCCCAUUGAGGAGUUUACUCUUGAGGAGCUCAAGGAAUUUGAAGCUAAGAUGAAGAGACUGGGAGAUGGCAUCCAAAUUAACCUUAAUAAUAUGCAGGCUUCGUCUUCUCUCUUGAAGAUUAGCAUGCAGUUAUGCGAGUGACGAAUCAAAAAUAAAAAGACCGUAAGUACAACUGGAGGACCAAGUUAUGAUUGAUGUUACGUAGGUUCUUGCAUUUCUAAACAACAAUUGAAAACCAAGUUGUACUUAUAGAUUCUUUUAGAUACAGUUCUUGUGAUUCCUAAAUUACAACAUAAUAUAAGAUUCGUCUUCGACAUCAAAUGGCAUCUGGAAG